AUUACGUAGGCCAAGCUGUUGUCAGCUGGUGCCUUGCAUGGGCUCCGCGAAACAGAAUUUUGGGGACUUUCGCGCCGCAGCCGCACGCCGCAGAUCGGCCUUGAGGCGCCCAUGGCAUCUCCGUCUGGCUGCCUUGCCCUCGUUGGCAUCUGGGAUCUGGGAGGGCUGCGCCCCAUCUUCACUUUUCAUCCCUUCGCAGUCGUGUGAUCCAAACAUCCAACCCUUUCUUUCGCAAUUGCUCAUUCUUAGAAUAUUCGUUCAUUUCUUGAGAUUUGGAAGGGUUUUGGGUGUCAUUCUCUUGCUAAUCUUACCUUGCGACCGAUUGUCCCAGCUUUCACAUCAAAAUCAUGGGACCAGUGCCGCCGCAGAACAGACCCCUGUCGUUUGCUGCCUUGAAAGCGAAAAAGGCCGCUCCAAAGAUCACCACAAAGAUAGUCACCGUCAACGCCGGUAGCAAGCCUAUCGCGAAGCAACCGUCGUCCAGUUCGACUCCUCGGUCUUCAGCGUCAGCAAAGCCGUCCCCCAAUGGAGCCUUGCGAAAACAGGAAGUCUCUCGAAAGUCUAGCACGCCCGCCUCUCUACCUUCCAGACAUGCGAGCAACGAGCCUCUCGAGCGAAUUAAGCAUGAGAAACACCAUCGCAUCAAACGCGCAUCUCCUGCGGUGUCGACACCCAGGCUGACGAGUUCGGACGACGAAAGUGAGGAAGACGAAAAGCCUAGAAAGCGACCUCGCGUGGACCGAAGUCACAGCAUCGAUGAAACGAGAAAAGUUCGAGAUCCUGCCGCAUUCACGAGUGAAGACGGCGGCAGUUUCUCUAUGAUUCAUGCCAUCAAUAUUGCAAACAGCAGCCUCAUAGAGCAAGGCCGAGACAAGUAUGAAGCAUUUUUCACGUCGCUGGAAGGCGACGAGGACGAGUGCCCCACGAUCGAGCUGCAGUACCCAACUGCAUUACAGGGCGAGCAGUACCAGCUGGUGAGACCGACCGACUCUUCCGACUUCAAACCUCUCGACGAGAUAGAAGCAAACAUGAAAAUUGUGGCCGAAUACUAUCUGGAUAGCGCAUCCGCAAGCAAAGUGACAAGCGAAGAAGACGGUUCCGGUUUUGUGCAGCUGCUACAUCGACAAGCAAUGCUCGGUCUGAGAGGCAAAGUCGGCGCUCAGUCGAAGUACAUCGACGUGAUCAAGAAAUAUAAUGCCCUAAUAGCUGAGAAGCGGAAGGACGGGACGAUUGGGAAGAAGUUGGAUCAGAUGACCCGUGUCGAUCUCAAGCUCGUCGAACACAUCAUUAAGAAUCAAAUUUACGCUCGAACGGUAUCGCCACAGGUCAAUUUGGUUAGGCACUACGAAAGCUUUUCCGACAACGUGUAUGGAGAACUAUUACCAAAGUUCCUCAGUCGGAUCUUUAAAGAGACAAGCUUGAAGUCCGACAAGGUGUUCAUUGACCUCGGAUCUGGGGUGGGCAAUUGCGUGCUCCAGGCCGCUCUGGAAACUGGAUGCGAAUCGUGGGGGUGUGAAGUCAUGGACAAUCCGGAUCAACUGGCCCAGCUGCAGGCAGCAGAAUUUCCUUCUCGGUGUCGACUCUGGGGCAUCAAGCCUGGCAAUGUCCGUUUGAUACACGGGGACUUUCUCAAGAACGAGGAAGUGCGUCAGGUGCUCAAGCGAGCAGACGUAAUCCUGGUCAACAAUCAGGCGUUUACGGCCGAACUCAACGACAAGCUGAAGUACGUGUUCCUGGACCUGAAGCCUGGCUGUCAUAUCAUCAGCCUCAAACCGUUUCGCAGUCCGUACCACAAAAUCAAGGAGUCGAAUGUUAAUGAUCCGGUGAACGUGUUGUCUGUGACGGAGAAGGAUCGAUGGAGUGGCAUGGUCAGUUGGACGGACGACCCGGGAAAAUGGUAUCAUCAACGAAAAGACUCAAGGGAAUUGGAUUCUUUUGUUAAGAGCAUGGGAGGCCACGACUAGUGGUUGAGUCUGGUGCGACUCCCCAAAAGAGAUCUGGCAAGACAAGAUGGACUAUUGGAUGAAGUUUGAUGAUUGACGACCAUUGCAUAGCGUCGGAAUGCGUCGAGCAAGGCCUCCUUUGUGGCUGGUUAGUUUAAGAUAGUCUAAUCAUCUAAUUGAGCUUGGCCUGGUGCCACCAGCAUAUCUCGCACUUC